GUGAUGGGAUGUACAGUCAUGUAUGUUUCAUUAUGACUGAUUGAUCCAUCAGCCCAAAGCUGUGUUACACUGGGAGUCUGACAGCAUUAUUUUGCAACUCAUUUUCAACAGAAGCUCUUUUUGGACCGAGGAUAACGCUUUCAAAGUCACAGUGUGUUUCAACAGUACUAAGAACUUUUACUUACUCAAGGAAAAUGUGAUUCCAGAUGAUGGACCUUAGUUUUUUUUUUUAUUUUUUUUAGCUUUAUUCUGUUAUUGCUCAAUCUUUUGAAUGUUAUGUGGAACUGGACUCUUCAUUAACACACUUGAGUGCUGAUGACUGUGCAUGAGUUGAGGUUUCUGAGCUUAGAUGGGUGGUAGUCAUAAGAGCUAUAUAAGAUGUCCACUAUGAUUUAGAGAUAUCUAGAGAGCAAGCCGUGUCUGCUUCAGAGCCUGAGUAUAUAGUUUAGUCUUGCACUGUGAGAGUGAGAGUAUGUCUGCUGCUGUGACUCUAGCGCUGCUGUUCUUCUUGUCUGUGACACUGAACGAACAGGUGACCGAGGGCUGCACAUGUUUACCGAGACACCCUCAACAGCAUUUCUGCACGUCUGAUACAGUGAUUCGAGCCAAAGUCGUUGGAAAGGUGAACAGCACUAUCCCUGAAUUAACUGCAUAUGAUAUCCAGACUGUUGAGAUAUUUAAGCACUUAGAUAUGAAGAAAAUUCAGGUCAUCUACAGCUCUCAAACUUCAUGUGGCAUCAGUCUGCAAAAGGACGAGUAUCUGCUGGCAGGACAUGUCAAGGACGGCAGGGUACUUGUUGAUUUAUGUGACCUUGUGAAGCCUUGGAAAGAACUCUCCCGAGUUCAAAAGUUGUACCUCAGCAAGUAUCAGAAAGGCUGUGUCUGUGAGAUCUCGCCCUGUACUGGAGAGUCCUGUUUGACCGAGAUCCUUCAGAAAAAAUGUCUGAUAAGAGUCAAUAAUUCAUUCAGUCUUAAUGAUGAAGAGGCUCUUCAGUCUAUUUGCCUGCCAGACAAUAACGGCUUCUGCAGUUGGCGAAAAUUUAAGUAACUACAAAUGUUCCUAAAAAGUAUGCCCUGAAGCACAAGUGCAUCAGCCAUUUGUCAGUGUGUAUUUUUGCUCUUUUGUUCUCCAGAAUGCUUAGAAUGCUUAUAACAUUUUGAAAUGAAUUUAAACAAUUUAAUGAAACUUUGCAAUGCAGUCAGCAAAUACAUACAAAACACUGUUUUCAUGGAGAUAUGCAAUCAACCAUUAAACUAUUUUGCAUGUAAAA